AUGACCUCCCGCGCGCCGCCCAUCGAGUCCCGGCGAUGCCCUCCGCUGCCCAUCGAGGUGUGGGUGCGCAUCAUCUCGUGCAUCUCCAACAGCAACGUCAUCCCGCACGUCUGGCUGUCGUGCCGGCGCGUCUCGCGUGCGGUGCGCGCCGCCACCGAAGAGGCGUUCUUGCACCGCCAUCUCAAGCCGCGCACGCACAUCCGCUUCCGCGACCUGGGCAUGGUGCGCGACAGCGGCGGCUGGAAACACUACCUGGGCCUGACGCUCGAGUUCGACCGUCUGUCGGAGGACCGGACGCGCGCGAUAUUCAGUAAUAAGAAUGCUAUAGAGGAUGAUGAUGGUGAUGGGGAGGAAGAGGAGGAGAUUGAGAGGGCGCUCACGGCGCGGUGGCGCAGCGCGAUGAUGCUGUAUCAGGGCAAUGGAGACGGGUGCAGGAACGAUUUGCCGCCGUACACGAUUGCGGUGCGGCAGAUUGUGAACGACACCGAGUUGCCUGGAUUGGAGAUAGACUACGGGAAGAGAGAGAUGUCGUUUGAUUGGCGGGCUAUGUUUGAUAGGUUGUUCGGAGAAGAGGCGUAUGCUAUGAAGCUGAAUUCUCAGCUGAGGGGCGAUGCGGAGCAGUCUAAAGCUACCGAGGUACAGAAAUCGAUCAAAGCCGGCGCGACCGAACUCUUCCAUGGCAUCUCACAGAUGAUGCGGAUAGUCGCAGAGCGAGAGAGACUAGCGUACCGCGACGCCCGCCGUCUCCGCAUUCGUCGAUGGUACAAGAAGCAUGAAAACUACGAGCUCUCGCAAGAUUAUUUUGAUCACGACUACCAGGAGAGACAAAAGCUAAAGGACCUGAGGGUGGCGCGGAAAUACGACAUUUACGAUGCUGACAGUGAGGAUGAAGGGUUUCAAGAUGAGAACGAGGGAGAGGCAUAUGACCAGGGAAUGGGCUUUUCCCGCUUCGACAUUGGCGAUCCCCACGAUGAGGAUGCUUUUGCGGAUUGGGAGGAAGAGCAAGACGAGGAGCACGAGUUUGGCAAUAUGGACAAUGCCUUCGAAGAAUGGCUGCGCACUUCAUUGCCUCCGACCAACAUGAACGAACAGCUUCCGGAUAUCUCGGACUCGGAAGGUAGCUACGAGGACUCUACAGACGCCGAAGAGGCGCAGCACUAG